AUGGCGUUUUGUCCUGAAUUACGUACUCAUUCUCAAAAAGUAUGUAGUUUAUAUAAAAGAGCUAUGCGAACUAUUGAGUCUUACUAUGUUGUCAGGCACGUCAUUCGCUACCAUCAAGUUCAUUUGAGAAGUGAAUUCGACAAAAACAAAUGUAUUAAAGAUGCCAAGGAGCAGCGUCGCCUAUUGUGGGUGGGACUACAUGAACUUUUCAUGAAGCAGAAUCCUUUAAUGGUAGCUAAAUUUGCUAGAUCAUAUGGAAUAUGUGCUGGAGUGGCACCCGAGCGCGUCGUCACACCUCCAGACUGGAUUCUUGAUUACUGGCAUCCCCUAGAAAAAGCUCAUUUCCCCGAUUACUUUAAACGGCGAGAACAAAGAAAAUGUGAAUAUAUCCAACUGUGGCACAAGGGCUUGUUACGAUAG